AUGACAACAUAUUGGCUUACUUCACGAAAGAAUACAGUGUUCACAAUCAAAAAUGAAUGUGAGCUGUUGUUGGAUGAGAAGCUAGCGCCAGAUAUUUUUCCGAGAAAUUCUCUUCGAAAUCGACUAUCAAGUUCGGCAAUUAGUAAAGGAUCGUCAAUUUCUCUGGUUGGCAAGGAGCCAUCAUUGUUGCGGCGAAUUAUUGAGCGUGCUACAGCAUUUCGCGAAAGCACCCAGGCACUUCAUAAUGGUUUCAUCGCUGUUAACAGUGAUAAUAACAGUGUGAGCAGCAAGCUUAAGCUUACUGCUAAUGCUGCUACUGCGGCUGCUCCUACAUCAGCUUCUGUUGAUGAAGACAACUUGCAC